AUUUCCAGUCACGGCUCCUAGCGCUGCAGAAUUACCCUUUACAAGAAUAACGGAAGGCGGCACAUGCCGGCUCCUUCCCACCGCCACAUAACCGCAGGCUUCCCGACUGAGGUGCAGCCCAGCUCCGCCCCCUCCCCCCAGACAGACGGACGGACGGACAGCGGGACAGAAAGUUCCCGGCAGCCACGCAGCUUCCCCGCGCCCCUGUGAAAUAGGAGUCCCCUCAAAGUGGAUCAUUUCUUUUCCUCUGCUCAUUCACCCUCCAGUUCAAACUUGCAAUGAGCGGACUGAAGUCUCCUGUGCUGCUGGGGCUGGUGCUCUUAAUGCUGUCAGCAGGUUAUUGCAAAGAGAGGACUGACUCCAUAGACCUAAAAGACAGGCAAAGCCUCUUCAGUCUCAUCAUGGAGAUUAUUCAGGAACUGAAAAGGCACCACAUGGAAGAGGACAACGGGGUGCAAUACUUCUCCAACCACGAUUAUACUUUAGACCGAAGAGAAGUAGCUGAUUAUGGAGAGUACCAGGACGAGCAGAGAGCUGAAAUAGUUCCUAGAGAUUUGAGGAUGAAAGACAAGUUUUUAAAGCAUUUAACAGGUCCUCUCUAUUUUAGUCCAAAAUGCAGUAAACACUUUCAUCGGCUUUAUCACAAUACAAGAGACUGCACCAUCCCAGCUUACUAUAAAAGAUGUGCCAGGCUUCUUACUCGGUUGGCAGUAAGUCCAAUGUGCAUGGAAGGAUAAGGAUGACCAGAAAUGUACUCAUUAUUCAAGAUACUACCAUACAGAAAAGAAACACCAAGAACCAGGAGAAGUGCCUUGGAAACCAACAGGGAAAUAGAACUUAAUACCUUUAUAACAUAUUCCAUUGUGAACAAGAGGAUUUAUUUUUGCAGAUUGACAGACUAUUUCCCGUAAUUCUUUUAACGUGUUUUGUAUGUUUUCAGUAGUUUGCAGAUCUACAUCCUUUACAGUAGUAUAACUGCCAAUAGUACUUACUGCUCCAUACUUAAAAGUACACUCCACAUUUGAUGUGUAGUGCUGCCAAAAAUUA